AUGGCACCUGGCCCGCACGACAAAUUAAUGGGCGCAGCUGGAGUGCUGGAGGACCACCCGCCAAGCGUCUUCGCCUCGACAUCGACGAUCCCGAUGCUUUCCUUCCUCCGCGGCCACUUCGCCUUGGUACACCCCCAAAUCCCAAAGCACUGCAUCUCUUCAGGCCGCGAGGCCGGCGGAGAGAAAGGCGGCGUGGCGUCGAUGCUGCUGGAGCGGGCCAAGCCGGACCUCUUCUCGGAGGACUGCGACGCUGCGGCACCGGGCAGCUCCGCCCCGCCCGAUGCCCUGGCCGCGCUCGACCAAGUUGACGACGAUCGAUGUACCCCGGAGGAGCCACCAGCUAUCUCCGUCACUCCGGCCACGCCGCACGGAGAGCACGGAGCAGCUGUGGACUGCGCUGUGACCCCCGUGCUGCCCUCCGCGCACCUCACUCCGCCCAGCAGCCCGCAGCCGUUCUCGCGCCACCUCCACUCCACUCCCCACGGCCACCACGCCUCCAACCUCAUCCACCUCGCCACCCCCUCCCGCACCUGCAACGUGAAUCCAUUUUCCCCGGAGCGAGCGCUGCCCCGCCAUGUCCCGUCAAGCCCCAUGCCCAGUCCAUGCCCUUCUCCCGUUCGCGGCGCGCCACCAAGUCCGGCGGGCUCGCGCUACCUCGAAGAUUUUGAGGAGAUCGAGAAGAUCGGGACGGGCUCGUUCUCGGAGGUGUUCAAGGCCCGCAAUCGCGUGGACGGCUGGCUCUACGCCGUGAAGCAGGCUAAGCGGGCCUUCAGCAGUCCGGCCGACAUGCACAACACCCUCAAGGAGGUCUACGCGCUGGCGGCGCUCGGCUCGCACCCACACGUGGUGCGAUACUACUCAGCCUGGGUCGAGGACCGACUCUACAUCCAAACAGAGUACUGCAGCGGCGGCUCGCUGGCGGACCAUUUGAAGAAGGGGGUGCGCUUCACUGAGGCACAGCUGAUCGACGUCCUGCGGCAGGUGGCCCAGGGCCUCAGCCACAUCCACAGGAAGGGCCUGGCGCAUCUCGACGUCAAGCCCGAGAACAUCUACGUCGACCUCCAGGACGACGGGGUGACACCGCUGUACAAAAUCGGGGACCUGGGACUCAUAUCGCUGGCCGACGCGACGGACUUCUCGGAAGGCGACUCGCGAUACAUAUCGCGCGACCUCUUCGCGUCGGAUGUCGACUGUCGUAAGCUCACCAAGGCGGACAUCUUCUCGCUCGGCUGUUCGGUCUACGAGCUGGCCCUCGGGCGGGCGCUUCCCUCGCGCGGCGAAGAAUGGAACGCCAUCCGAGAAGGCGAGAUCCAGCUCUCCUCCGACUUUACCCGAGGAUUCGAAAACCUCCUCAAGUCGAUGUUGGCAGCGGACGCGGACAAGCGACCAUCGGCCGACGAGCUGCUGCAGGCGCCGGCGAUGUGUUCGGAGGAGAUGAAGUGGGACAUAGAGCACAAAAAGCGCGUGGAGCUCGAGGAGCAGGCCGAGCUGAGCUGGCGCCGGGACGUCAUGAACUCGUCGGGCUGGCGCGCGUGCGAGAGCCUGGUGCCCCUCGUGGCCAAGCUCGAGGGCUACAUGAGCUUCCUCGCCCCACCCUCGCCCAUCUCUGCCGAUUCCUCCCCUCGCCCUUGCCUCUGA